AUGGUGACACUUAUCGGUAUCACUUGGCCGAACCUACUAUGUCUUGCUGGUGUCGGAGUGUAUCUGUUAACGCGGGUAUUCAAGAAGAAGAAUCCUGCACCAUAUCCCCCUGGUCCUCAGGGGUGGCCUCUCAUCGGGAACGUCCUAGACAUGCCCCACAUCAAGCCCUGGCUCACAUUCACUCAGUGGGGCAAGAAGUAUGGUGAUAUCUCGCAUAUGGAGGUUCUAGGUCAACAUAUCAUAGUGGUGAACUCUGUCAAGACUGCGUUGAACAUGCUGGACAAGAAGAGUAAUAUGUACUCUGACCGUCCUGUAUUUCCUAUGGGUGGCGAACUUGUUGGCUUGAAGUACACUUUGGGUUUUCUCACCUACGGUGACCGGUUUCGCCAGUACCGCAAGACCAUCCAUCACAUCAUUGGCACCCGUGCCGCAGUAGAGGCAUAUAACCAGAUCGAGGAGGUUGAAAGCCACCGGUUCCUGAAGCGGGUGCUUGAAAGACCCAACCAACUGCAGGCACAUGUUCGACUCCUCGUUGGCGCUAUCAUUCUGCGCAUCUCUCAUGGUUACGAAGUGAAAGAGAACAAUGAUCCCUUCAUCGACACUGCGGACCGUGCUCUCGACCGAGCCUCACGGGCCACUGCUCAUGGUGCCUUCAUGGUUGACAUCAUGCCAUCCCUGGCCAAGGUCCCCGAGUGGUUCCCUGGUGCCGGCUUCAAGCGCCUAGCGCGUGAAUGGAACAUGAUUGUCGAAGAAAUGGUCGCUGCACCUUACCAGUUCGUCAAGGAUCAGAUGGCUGCUGGCAUUGCCCCGAAGUCUUUCACCUCAGCUCUGUUGGAAGGCAAAACUCUGACUGAGGAAGAAGAUCACGUUGCGAAAUGGUGUGCUGGAUCUCUAUACAGCGGUGGUGCCGACACGGUUGGCCCUUUCCUACCUAUGACAUUAUUCCCUGAUAUACAAAAGAAGGCACAGGCUGAAAUAGACGCUGUUAUCGGUCCUGAUCGACUUCCCACCUUAGCCGACCGCGCCUCCCUCCCCUAUACCGAGGCGGUUGCCAAAGAAGUGUUGCGCUGGAAUGUUGUCUCCCCUAUCGGUUUUCCCCACCGUGUCACUGAGGACGACAUCCAUGACGGGUACUACAUUCCAAAAGGUUCCUUGGUAAUACCUAAUAUUUGGUUCAUGCUCAAUAACCCGGAGACAUACGCUAAUCCCUCAGAAUUCAACCCUGAACGGUUUUUGGGAAAGAGGCCCGAGCCCGAGCCCCGCACGGUCUGCUUCGGCUUUGGAAGACGUAUCUGUCCAGGUCUCCUACUUGCUGAAGCCUCCGUCUGGAUGUCCACGGCGAGGUCACUGGCUGUGUUCAAUAUUUCCAAGGCCGUCGAGAACGGUGUCGAGAUCACCCCCGAGAUUGACCGCUCAACAGGCACGAUCAGCCAUCCCACAGCCUUCAAGUGUUCUAUUGAGCCUCGCUCUGCAAAAGCCAUCGGGCUCAUUGAACAGGAUUACGGGAUCAACUAUGGGGAAUUCAAGUUGUAUGGUGGACAUUUGGUUACACUUCGAGUUGCCGCUAAUCCGUAG